UGCAUGGGGUCAUUCUGCACGAUCUUCACCAAGUUGGGCGUGAAUUCUCGUCAGUUUGUUCAGCAAUUUGACAUUGAAAGUUUCAGCCAGUCUCAGAUAAAUAAUGCAGAAAAAAGGCAGCGAACCUAGCUUUGAGGACCCCUGGCAUAUGAGCGAUGUUAUUCUUUGUGUUGAGGACAAGAGAUUCCAUGUUCAUAAGUCAACUCUAUCAAUGUGGUCACCAGUUUUUGAAAAGAUGUUCACUUCUCCAAACAUUGACAGGACUGGAAAUGAGAUAACUCUCCAUGGCAAGAAAUCCAAUGAAAUAAAAGAUAUGCUUUUGGUUAUUUAUCCAACUUCAAAGAAAGUAACUGAAGAAAAUUGCUAUUAUCUUCUUUCAUUGGCCCAAGAAUACCAAAUGGAACAACUAAGUGAACGAUGUGAGUCAUACCUUCUUCGUAGGGAGAAGACACCAUUUCAGGCCAUUGAUUUCCUUGUCAUAGCACAUACAUUCAACAUGACAGAACUCCGUAGACAGUGUAUUGAGAUUGCUAAGCACAUGUCUCUGUCAGAGCUUAGAAAGCAUGAAAAAUACCUACAGAUAGAGCCUGAAUAUGGCCGCCAGCUUGCAGAAAGACGCAUUGAAAUGCUGGAAUUAAAAGUCAGUGCACUGGAGGGCAAAGCUAAUUCUGCACGAAAAGAGCUCAAAGAAUCUUGUGAGACAGCUGUCAAAGAUCUUGGCAGGUUUUAUUAUCGUCAAAAGUAUCCAGAUGGACGGCAGAACCUGAGAGCCUAUAAUGAGUGCUCAAGACUUUUAGAGGAAGUUGCUCAUGAAGAUGGAGGUGUUUGUGUUAUGUUUAAUUUACUUCAGCAAAAACUCAAAAAAAUCUAUGAACCUCAGCAUAUGUAGAUUUAUAUUACAGUGAUUUGAUAAAAAAUAUAAGCAAAUUAGCAAUAACAUUAUACAGGAAAUAGAACUAUAAAUUAAUAGGAAAAUAGGAAAAGGCAAAAUGGGAAUAAAACUGAUGUUCCUCUACUUUCUCGAGGUAUACUAGCAGAGGUGUUGGAAAAUGUAGAGAGUUCAUGAAAUACAAUCAAGAAGUAUGAUCUCUUCAUA